AUGCCUCACUAUCAAAGAAAAUCAACGUUGUCGAGAGAAUCAUCGUCUAGCUCUUCCCAAUCUUCACGCUCAUCACCAAACCGAAGACAUUCGCAUGAAGCGUCACGUACCUCUGGAUCAAGUCGACACCAUACACGAGAACGGGAAGGAAGACAUAGAGAUAACAUUAAAGAGGGUUCUUCUGGUGCGGGAGACGGCGUCGGCGUCGGGAAACGCAUCUACAAAACAGUUGAAAAACUCGAGAAUCCAGUGAAGAAACUCGGCAAGUUUGUUCUCUGGGGUGCUCCGUUAAUUCUUGCGGGAUUGGAAGUACGACAUGAAUGGCACCAUCAUGCGCAUAAGAGAAGGAUGAUGGAUAAGGAGUAUGAGAAGGCGCAUUUGGAGAUACAGUUACAGAGGGGUAUAGAUGGGAAGAAAGAGGGUAUCACGAUUGAAGGGACAAAAAGUCAUGGACCGACAAGGGAAAAGGAAGAAACUUCUGAGCCUAUGUCUGAUGAAGUACAUAUCCUUCCUUAUCCAGCGCAAGUCUAUCAUCGAGUCGGUCGUCCAAGUCAGCAUCCUUCAUGGCGAGAUACUGAAGCGUGCCAUCAUUACUUAUUACCUCCUCACGUUCCUGAAGUUCCAUGUCUAGAUAUGUGUGAGGAUAGACAAUCGAGAAUACAAGUGAAACGACCGGGGUCGAGAGAUGUGCUUUUCCCGCGUAUUCGCUCAACCUCCGAAUCCGUUUACGAAUAUAGACGGUGGUGA